UCUGCUGUUGUGCGGUUUUAGUUUUGGUUGCAGUGCUUCGAGUGAGUUGCCGAAAAAUCAUCAUUCUCAUUGUUUCGGAACGUUAAUUAGUAAGGUUCGGACAGAUAAGAAUCAGUGGAGUUCUGUGCUACUUGUGGAACGGAACCGAAGACCGGAAGAAAAUGCCAUCCGAGACCAGUACGACGAAGGUGAUUGUACACCCGCUGGUACUGCUGAGCGUCGUGGACCAUUUCAACCGGAUGGGCAAGAUCGGCAACCAGAAACGAGUUGUGGGAGUGCUGCUCGGGUGCUGGCGGGCCAAGGGCGUUCUGGAUGUGUCCAACAGCUUUGCUGUGCCCUUCGAUGAGGACGACAAAGACAAAUCGGUCUGGUUCCUGGAUCAUGACUACCUGGAAAACAUGUACGGUAUGUUCAAGAAGGUCAAUGCACGCGAGCGAGUCGUCGGUUGGUACCAUACCGGACCCAAACUCUGUCAGAAUGAUAUCGCCAUCAAUGAGCUGAUCCGGCGCUACUGUCCCAACUCGGUGCUGGUCAUCAUCGAUGCCAAGCCAAAAGAUCUGGGACUGCCCACCGAGGCGUACAUUGCCGUCGAAGAGGUGCACGACGACGGUACACCAACAUCCAAGACGUUCGAGCACGUGCCGAGUGAAAUUGGGGCAGAAGAAGCCGAAGAAGUGGGCGUUGAGCAUCUUCUGCGAGACAUCAAGGACACGACUGUGGGUAGCUUGUCGCAGAAGAUCACCAAUCAGUUGUUGGGUUUGAAGGGUCUCAACGCUCAGCUGAGAGACAUCAAAAACUACUUACUCAAAGUGGGCAACGGGCAGCUUCCCAUCAAUCAUCCCAUCGUGUAUCAAUUGCAAGAUAUUCUCAAUCUUCUGCCGGAUAUCACGCAGGAAACGUUCACCGAUACACUGUACGUCAAAACGAAUGAUCAGAUGCUGGUGGUGUAUUUGGCUUCGCUGGUUCGAUCGAUCAUCGCCCUCCACAAUCUAAUCAACAACAAACUCACGAAUCGUGACGCCGAAGAGGGCAAAAAGACUGACGAUUCGAAGGACAAGAAGGAUUCCAAGGAAAAGAGCGAAAAGGAGGGCGACAAGGAUAAAAAGAAAGAUGAUAAAGAGAAGAAAGAUGAUGGCAAGGUUGAUAAAGCGAAAGAUGAGAAGAAAAAGUAAUGAGUAUUUGUAGAUUUUGAUUUGUCGCAUAAUGUAAUGGCAAACUUUAACUGAUUAAACACAAAAAAAUUAUCAAAUAUGUUGUUAAUAAGAAAAUUUGGCCUUAUUUCUGCAAUUUGUUUACAACCUAUCCCCUUCCGACCGAACAUCUAGGUUUUGCAUUUUUGCCUAAAACGUCCUUGGGUUUAGAUAAAUAACAUUCCGCAUAAAAUAAGCUGUUUUAUUAAACGGUCAUUUUCUUACAUUUUUAUUUUCUCAAAAGAUCAACAUUGUCUGUUUUAUGAGGUAAAUUUUCUUGCCAGAUGAUGGUGAUAAGAUAUUUUAGUUACAAGAUAAAGAUUAUCGCUGUCCGGAACAUCUUUUGCUGGAGAGGAUAGGGUGCUAAAUGUCAAUGAAGGAAGAAUACAUAGAAAGAAAAACCACAGACAAACAGACGUAGCACUAGGGAAAUUACCAUCCACCAUGACUACAACGAUCCAUUUGAAUUAGAUUGAUUGCGCGUUUCACAACUAGAGGCGCUUGCGUCGUAAUCCUUCGAGUUUGACAGUUCACUCCAGCGCCUUCUGGUGACAAUGUCAUACGAAACAUUGUUUCGUGUAACAUGCUCGCAAGAUGGUGGUAGAGGAGUUGGACGAUAGAUUUUUCAGAAAAAUGUUCAAGCUGUUACGCCUGUUGGUCUGUGGAAAAACCAUUAAUCAAAUUUAAAAAACCAUUGGUUAAAAUAAAAAGUUGUGUUGGUUCUUUUUCGUAGAGAGUUGUAUAUGUUUAGAACAAAAGUCCACAAACUU